AUGGUGCCCAACCUUAAUCCUGGAGAACGCGAGAUCAUACCUAAUUUUCAUGAUGAAUGCUGCUUCCAUGCCAAUGACAAGAAUGCUGAGGGGAAAGUGGUUCAAGAUUCCACAAAAAUUAUAUUUCCUGGGUCAGGAGGCAAUGCCUGGUGGGAUGCUGAGCAAUUGCUUAAGCAAAUGGAGCAUGUGAUGCAAAUUUUUGAAGCAGCGCAUCCUGGAAAGCAAAGUUUGUUCAUCUUCGAUCAGUCUUCUGCACAUGCAUCUCUGCCUCCUGAUGUGCUCAAAGCUUUUGAAAUGAAUAAAUCAGAUGGAGGAAAGCAGCGCACUCAAUGUGACACCGUCAUUCCAAUGACAAAUCCUGCUGUGGAGCAUUGCGGCAAACCGCAAAAAAUGACACUGAUGGAUGGCAAGCCUAAAGGCUUGCAACGAGUUUUGGAGGAGUGUGGUUUCAAGGUUUCUGGGCUGUGCGCUAAGUGUUCUCCUGUUUGUCCGAUUGAUGACCAGAACUGCUGUUGUGCAUGGCUUCUUAGUCAACAAGAUGACUUCAAAAAUCAGCUGUUGCUGCUCAAAAGUUUCAUAAAAUCACGAGGGCACAAGUGUAUUUUCCUCCCAAAAUUCCAUUGUGAAUUGAACCCCAUUGAAAUGUACUGGGGGUGGUGCAAGUACCACUAUUGUGAAGUCGAGAAAAAAACCUUUAAAGAAGCAAAGGAAGCUGUGAACAAAUACCUUGAAUCAUGCCCAAAAGAGGUCAUUCCUUGA